AUGACCAAUUCAAAACCCUAUGAUGAUUCAACGCAUAGCGACGAUUUGAAAAAGAGAACUCAUGCAAUGUCCUAUCGGGAGAAUGAAAUCAUCACGAAAAUCCUCAUUGAUCACUACGACGACUACUAUCAAGGAACGACAUUCAAGCAGCAAAAAGACACCAAUAGCCUAGAUCGAAAACAAGUGCUGACAAUGAUGCUAAAAGAGCUCACCGCUAGCGGGUUUCAGCCAAAACCGCUGAAAUCCAUCGAAAAUCGGAUAAAAGAUAAUUUGAAAAUCGCUCGGCGUCUAAUGCGCGAAUAUGCGAAAACGAAAAAGAAUACUGAUAAUCCGCACCUUCUCUACGAUAUGGGAAUGAAUGCGCCGCGGCACAUUCAAAAUCUCAUCGCGUUGCUUCGCGAAAAAUCGAAAAUUUCGGGAUCCAUCGAGGACGGCGACGGAAUGAGCGACACCGUUGAUAUGGAUUCCGCCUCCAUGAUUCGAAACUUAUUCUCAUUUGACGAGUCUGUGAAGACGGAGCCGAUGGACAUGUUCAUGGGAACAUCGUCCUCAACCCCGCCAAUAGUGGACCAGCCAAAAAUGUAG